GCGCGAUAAGCACCUAAAACACCUUGGCUUCAACCCUGGGAAAACGUUUGUUUUGGUUUCAUUUUUGAGGUUAAAACGCGAGUUCGCAAAUCGCUGUAGAAAAAUAGGAAAGUUUUUUUUAAUGGUUAUGUGAUAAUCAUAAAGGUGUUAAGAGCAAAUUGAAGUUCAUACAAAUACCACCAUUUGUAUGAACUGCAGCGCGAAAAGAUCCACAAAAAGACGGGGUUGAAACUACGAAAAAGGAAUCCAAAUCUGCUGACGAUGAUAGGAAAUUGAAAACCUCCACUUUUCAGGACCAGAUUGGUAACUGAGCGUGACCAAGAAAACUGACACACUACAGGAAGAGAGGUUCCCUGAGCUGCAUCACGCCAAAAAUGCCCUCACCAACUCAAAGUAGUUCAACAUACCGGGGGCCGCGAUCGCUCUGUACGCAACGGAUGCUGUCGUCCCUCGCUAUGAAUAGGUUCCUGCGUCAAGCCAAACAACUUUGCGGCUCGGUAGUCUCGGAAUCUUCGAGUGAAGAAGAGCAGCAGAAUGGUCCUGGCGAUUCAUCGGACGACUCCAACGAAUUUGGCAGCAAGUUCUUCCAUAGGGCAGCCGCAAGAUCAAAUAGAGAACGCAUGUUCGAUUUCAGCACUGUUGGCAGCGAACGUACGUGGUUGAAAGACUUGCUUCUAUCGGAAACUGAAUCAGAAAAUGAAGGUUCGGACGAGGAUGAGUACAUCACGGCGAUGCUUAAGGACCAUCUGAAACAAAAGUUGAUUCGCGAUACAUAUAAUGAUUCUCCGAUUAACUCACAAUAUGGAUAUUAUGGUGCCGGAUUACUAUCAGAUGGCGACCUUUUCCCCGAUCACCGGCGAUCGGCGACUAGUAAGCGGAAGUGCAAGCUAGAUAAUGGAGAGGGUAAAACAAAGGAUAGUCGGAAACGUAUGAAACAUCGCAAGAAACACUUCAACCUGAAAACGGAUUCGGCGGACGCUAUUAGUUCAGCAGCGUGCAGCAGUGUCCGGUUUGGUAGUAGGAAGGUGCAAAAGAUGGGUCUGCCUUAUCGGGGCGAUCGACCAAAUGACUUUUUCAUGGAUCCACCGGAAGAACAUCAUGCUACGCUGGGAAUUGGAAAACGAACCCGAAAACUGCGCAACAGGACGCCCGAAAUGAUGAACAUAAGACGGCGCAGAAUGUGGCAGCAAAUGGCGAAAAAAGAGCUCGGUAAAGUACAGCGUGCCAAAGUGAAUAAUCAUCGGGACACUUUGAUUAAUUGUCGCCGCGUGGCCGUCCUGUGCAUGCGAGUGGCUCGCCAGAAAGCAAUGCAAUCCCAAAAACUAAUGAAGGACACGAUUUGGCGUGCGAAACGAUUGACACGUGAGAUGCAGUUAUACUGGAAACGGUACGAUAAGGUUGAGCGAGAAACAAAACGACGUAUGGAGCGAGAAGCGGAAGAGCAGCGAAAAAUUGAUGUGGAAAUGGUAGAAGCGAAAAGGCAGCAACGCAAGCUUAAUUUCCUUAUUACACAAACAGAGCUGUAUGCACACUUCAUGUCACGCAAGUUGGGUAAUGUAUCAGCUGAAGAGCAACUGAAAAUUCUAUCCCAGCUCGACGAAGACAGUAAUCCACGCCUAUCGAGCGUCGAUGAUUACGAUUGUGAACGGAUGAAGCAACUUGCUCAAAAGAAUGUAAGCGAAGCGUUUCGUAACGAGCGUACCCGCACAAACCAGUUUGAUGUUGAUAGUCGUAGGCACGUUCUAUCUACUAGCUCGAACGAAAAAACCGAGAGAGAUCCAGAUAUCCGUCUCCCCGUGAGCAGUAUUAUGGAGCUACCUCAACCAAGUAUGUUUCUUGGUCGUUUAAAGGGUUAUCAGCUCAAAGGUAUGGCAUGGCUGGCAAAUUUAUACGAUCAAGGCAUAAGCGGCAUUCUUGCCGAUGAGAUGGGCCUUGGCAAAACCGUCCAGUCAAUUGCUUUCCUUUGCCACAUCGCUGAGCACUACGGUGUAUGGGGGCCUUUUCUUGUUAUAUCGCCCGCCUCAACUCUACACAACUGGCAGCAGGAAAUGGAACGAUUCGUACCACAGUUCAAAGUCGUCCCAUACUGGGGCUCACCUAAUGAGCGCAAGAUCUUGCGUCGAUUCUGGGAUCUGACGCAUUUGCACACUAAAGAAGCCAGUUUCCACGUUGUCAUUACCAGCUAUCAACUAGUGGUGUCCGAUUACAAGUAUUUCAAUCGCAUUAAAUGGCAGUAUAUGGUUCUGGAUGAAGCGCAAGCUAUCAAGAGCUCAAACUCAAUGCGUUGGAAACUGUUGCUUGGUUUCAAUUGUCGUAACCGGUUAUUAUUGAGUGGUACUCCAAUUCAGAAUAGUAUGGCGGAACUGUGGGCGCUACUACAUUUUAUAAUGCCUACCCUGUUUGACUCGCACGAAGAGUUCAACGAAUGGUUUUCAAAGGACAUCGAGAGUCACGCUGAAAACAAAACGGGUAUAGAUGAAAAACAAAUUUCGAGGCUUCACAUGAUAUUAAAACCAUUUAUGCUGCGACGAAUCAAGAAAGAUGUAGAGAAUGAGCUGUCAGAUAAAAUUGAAAUUAUGGUAUAUUGUCCCCUGACCACACGACAAAAGCUGCUGUACGUCGCCUUGAAGAAAGAGAUUUGUGUCGAAGACCUUUUGAAUCUAACGACUAUAUCGGGCAGCGGGAGUGGAGAUGGCCAUUCGAUGGAUCGAAACUUCACCUCCAAUCUAAUGAAUCUUGUAAUGCAAUUCCGCAAAGUAUGCAAUCACCCUGAACUGUUCGAGCGACGAGACGUGCGCAGUCCAUUCUCUAUGAGCAUGACAUUCGAAUUGGCCACACGACCUAUCUUCUACCGUGAACUUUUGCUUGAGCAUAGUGUACCGAGUAAGCACCAUUGGCUGCGCAACCGAUGGUAUAUCUUCAAGGCAUUGCAUGUACAUCGUGCGACAUAUAGGGAAGCAAACAAAACGAAGGCUGUUUCUGUUUUUUACGAUGAUUUUAAUACUUCAUUCAGCUGCGUUCGCCUUGCAGGCGGAUUAUCGUCGACCGAGACGGAACAACUGUCACGGCGGAACAAAUUUCUAUUCAUGUAUGAUACCAUGAUAGAGUAUAAGCAUUGGCUCGAAGUAUUGCAUUUGCAAUGGAUUUGGAGUAGAACAAAUCGGACGCAAAGAAGAACCCGUCAUUUGCUAUUAGAACCAUCGGCCACAAGAUGGAUAUCUGCAAUUUUUACUAGUCACACGUUGGAUCGAUUCAUAUUCACCAAUGCAGAUAAGGAAUGUUCUUACCACUCAACUCCCAUUUACGCGCAUCUAGACCACACAAUUAAACCCAUGGUGGAAUCGUUGGAUCAUCGUAUUAUGCGUAGCAGAAAGCAUCAAUCCGUCGGUCAACCGCUAAGCUUACUGCCCGAAAUUUCCUCUAGAGAUUCAGCAAAACAGACUGUCCUCUUGUUAUCAAACGUACCCACCUCUAUGCCAGGGUUUCUCUGUGAACUGUACACUAAGGUUAUAAGCAUAGCUGGACAUUCGACUGCACUGUUAAGCACGGUCGAUCGCGAACAUGGCAGCGAAGAUGUGCGAUUGCACCAACGUAUCAGAAAGCAUUUGAAAGCAUCGUAUCCAUCCCACGGUUGGUCAAAUAUCAUUAUUCCCGAUAAACAAACGUUAGUGUCGGAUGCAGGAAAGUUAGCCGUGCUGGAUUCGCUGCUGCAACGCUUAAAGCAACAGGGACACCGUGUCCUCAUAUACUCCCAGAUGACCAAGAUGAUUGAUCUUUUAGAGGAAUACAUGUGGCAUCGCAAACAUAGGUACAUGCGGUUGGAUGGAUCGAGUAAAAUUUCCGCUCGACGUGAUAUGGUAGCAGAUUUUCAGAAUCGCGCGGAUAUUUUCGUCUUUUUGCUUUCAACUCGUGCCGGUGGUUUGGGGAUAAAUCUAACUGCCGCAGAUACUGUGAUUUUUUACGAUUCUGACUGGAAUCCAACAGUAGAUCAACAGGCAAUGGAUCGAGCACAUCGCCUAGGCCAGACAAAACAGGUCACCGUGUAUCGGCUGAUUUGUAAGGGAACUAUAGAAGAGCGUAUUUUACAAAGAGCGCGGGAAAAAAGCGAAAUCCAGCGAAUGGUUAUUAACGGAGACAAUUUCAAGCCGGACACUCUCAAACCUAAGGAGAUGGUAUCGCUAUUACUCGAUGACGAGGAAAUUGAGAUAAAAUAUCGCCAAAAAACGGAGGAGCGUCGAAUGAUGGAAGACCAUUCUGUUAAGACUGCGAAGGAACGUGAAAGAAAGCUUAAACAAAUAACUGUGGUAGCAGAUGGGAGAGAAAGUAGUGUCAAAUCGUCCUUCGACGACCGUAGUGAUUCUUUUAUCGAUGUUGGUGCAGCACAAAGUCCGGCACAAAGCGAACGAUCUUAUUUCAGCGAAACCACGAAGCCUUGCGAUGUGUUAGACGAUUCAAGUAAUGAAGGUGUCGGUUCAACUGUACGUGAGCGAGACAUUACUAUACGUCCGGUAGUGCGCGGUAUCAGUAAAAGAGGUCGUCCGCGUGGCUCACGUAGGGGUAGCGGAGCAGGCUCUCAUGUAUCAAGAAUAAGCCGUCAAUCAACGGAUACCGGUCAUGUUGCUUCGACUUUAGUCGACACAGAAGUACGCAACACAACAUCAUUGUCAUUACUUGCAUCGAGCACUGGAGGUACACCACAACCGUUAAAGCGUGGACCGGGGCGUCCACGUUUGAAAACCGGUUGGCACAGGAGGCAACAUAUUCAGCACCGCAACAACCACAACAAGAGCAACAAUUGUCGGCAGAGCUAUUGCAAUAAUCAGGUGAAAUUUUUCGAAAAGAAUCAUAUUUCGCGAACUGGUAGUGGAGGACAUCAUUUACGAUCGGAUACGAUCGUGACAAAGCACAAGAGACACUAUGGAAGUCAACGUCACCGAUCCAACAAGACAUCGCCGUCAUCUGUGCAUCAUUCCCCUUGGUUGGGCGAUAAUGUUGGUUCUGGUCAUUCAUCUUCACAUUCUGUUCAGCAACCGAAGCACGAUUUGCUCAUGAUGCAGGACGAGGAGGAGUACCAGCAUGGUAGUAUUAGCUCCGCAGUGAAGCAGACUAAGCACGGUGUGCCAGUUUGGCCAGUUAAACGAGAAGCCAUUGUGGAGGGUGAUCUCAUACUCGGCGGAUUGAUGAUGGUGCAUUCAAGGGAAGAUUCGGUUACGUGUGGACCGAUAAUGCCUCAGGGGGGAAUACAGGCACUAGAAACAAUGCUUUAUACGCUCGACAAAAUAAACGAACAAGGGUUGGUGCCGAACGUCACGAUCGGUGCCCACAUUCUCGAUGAUUGUGACAAGGAUACAUACGGGCUCGAGAUGGCAGUUGACUUCAUCAAGGGUUCCAUUAGCAAUAUAGAUGAUAUUAACGAUUAUGAUAACUGUAGCAAGAGCCAUAAGAAGAAGAUCAUCUCUGGUGUGGUGGGAGCUGCAUCUUCAGUAACAUCGAUACAGGUGGCAAAUUUGUUGCGCUUAUUUAAAAUACCUCAGGUCUCCUUUUUCUCAACUAGUCCCGAACUGAGCAACAAACAAAGGUUCGAGUACUUUUCUCGAACUAUUCCGUCAGAUCACUAUCAAGUCAAAGCUAUAGUUGAUAUUGUGCAGAAACUUGGAUGGAGCUAUAUUUCUAUUAUUUACGAAGAGAGCAACUACGGUAUUAAGGCAUUUGAGGAGUUAGAUGAUCUGCUUUCAAAGCAUAACAUCUGCAUAGCAGUCAAAGAAAAAUUAGUAAAAGACUCUGGUGUUGCUGAUACGAUAGCAUAUGAUAAUAUAGUACUUAAGCUGUUGACUAAACCACGUGCGAAAGGUGUUAUCAUAUUUGGAUCCGAUCAAGAGGUGGCGGAAGUCAUGAAAGCUGUGCGUCGGCAGAAUGUUACAGGGCUAUUCUCAUGGAUAGGUUCGGAUGGGUGGAGCGCUCGGAAUCUAGUUUCAGAUGGAAAUGAAGCUGAGGUAGAAGGUACACUGUCCGUUCAACCGCAGGCAAAUCCAGUCAUUGGAUUUGAAGAUUAUUUUCUUAAUCUAACCGCAGCGAAUAACAAACGUAACCCUUGGUUUGUAGAAUUUUGGGAACAUAAUUUCCAAUGCAAAUAUCCUAACUCCCCAUACACACCGUACAAUAGAGAUUACAAAAGUUAUUGUUCAAUGGCCGAAAAAUUAACUAAAGGUGAUCUAGACUUCGAAGAUCAGCUGCAAUUCGUUAGUGAUGCAGUAAUGGCUUUUGGUUACGCCUUUAAAAACAUGCACAAUGAACUUUGUGGGGGCAAAGCUGGGCUUUGUGAUGCCAUGAAUCCAACCAAAGGCAUGGAACUCCUUAAAUAUUUGCGAAAAGCAGAUUUUGUUGGACUGAGCGGAGACCGCUUCAACUUCGAUAUAAACGGUGAUGGACCUGCGAGAUACAACAUAAUACACUUCAAGCAAAUUACUCCGGAACGGUAUAAGUGGAUCAAAGUAGGAGAAUAUUAUCAAGGAGAAUUGCGUUUGAAUAUGAAAGACAUACAAUUCCGAACCAAAGACUCAAAGCCUCCAGAAUCCGUUUGCAGUAGACCUUGCGAACGAGGACAGGCUAAAAAGUACGUCGAAGGAGAGGGCUGCUGUUGGCAUUGUUUUAAUUGUACCCAGUACCAGAUUCGGACUCCCAAUGAUGAGACGCAUUGUGUUAACUGUCCCCGAGGAACGCUACCCGAUGCGUACCACGAAGAAUGCCAACAAAUUCCAGAAUCGUACCUACGACCAGAAUCGUUCUAUGCAAUUGGUGCUAUGACGUUCAGCUCAUUCGGAAUACUAAUAACGUUGUUUGUUAUUGGAGUUUUCUUAAAGCACAACGAUACGCCCGUUGUGAGAGCGUCGGGGAGAGAACUUAGCUACGUUCUGCUUAGUGGAAUACUACUUUGCUUCGGUGUCACCUAUACCCUAGUCAUCAAACCAAAUGAUAUUGUUUGCGGAGUGCAAAGGUUCUGGUCAGGAUUUUCCUUCACUGUCGUAUAUGCCGCACUACUUACUAAGACCAAUCGGAUCGCACGAAUUUUUAAUGCAAGCACAAAAUCAGCAAAAAGACCAUCGUUCAUAAGUCCACACUCACAGCUUGUAAUAUGUGGCAUAUUGGUAUCGUUUCAAAUCCUAAUUAAUGCCGUAUGGAUGAUAGUAUCGCCAGCCCAUGCAAUGCACUACUAUCCGACAAGGGAAGAUAAUUUGUUGGUUUGCAACUCGUAUACUGAUUCUUCCUACAUGAUAGCCUUCUUUUAUCCAAUCUUUUUGAUUGUCAUUUGUACAAUAUAUGCUGUACUGACAAGAAAGACACCAGAAGCGUUCAACGAAUCGAAAUACAUUGGCUUUACAAUGUACACGACUUGUGUCAUUUGGUUAGCAUUUAUUCCACUGUAUUUUGGGACGGCGAAUAAUAUUCAGCUAAGAAUCUUUUCUAUGUCCAUGACUAUAAGUCUUUCGGCAACGGUGACGCUCAUCUGUUUAUUUUCGCCAAAGCUUUAUAUUAUUCUUAUUCGUCCGGAACGAAAUAUACGACAAAGCAUGAUGCCCAUACGAUACAGCACAAUAAACAAAACGACAGGUUCUGCUCAAUCAUCUGUUAUGGCAGCGGUCAUAGUCACAGCUGCCACCUGCAACGAAAACGAAAAAGUUAUCAAAUGCGCUUCUAAUGAAAAUAUACCAGCGUCUUACUGAUGCAAGUCUAUUUUCAAACAUAAAAAGCAAACCAAAAGAAAAACUGCACCUGGUUAACAACAGUCUGUUGUACGUUGCUCUGUCCAUAUUUAAAUCCACAACCUGCGAAUGAAAAACUUAGCAAUGAAACGGUGUUUUUAAUUGAACUAUGUUUGGUUUGGUUUUUUCUAACGUAACUAAUGUAAUCCCUAACGAACCUUGUGAACUUUGACCAGAACAAAAAUAUGUGAAAAUAAUGUAGAAAUAAAUAAAUUAAGAAUAUAUAUCUAUAUAAAUUUAUAUAUUUAUUUAUCAGCAUUAGCUGACAAAUGGACCUAUUCAUUGUAGUGGACCUAUUAAAGGAAG